UCUUCUCUUUGGCCGUCUUCACCAAACCCGCGCACUGUGCGUGUUUUCUGCAUGCUACUGAACAAAGGCACGCGUUUGUAGCUCACGUGGUGCCCCGCAUAGGAGGGACCACACAAAUAAAUUAAGCCACCUAUAACAUGAUAAACACUAGAAGAAAGAUGAUCGAGCAUAUCUUUUUGAUUCUUUGAAUCCUCAUGGAGGCUGCUCAAGAGCUGCAACGAGAAACGGAAAACCGAGGUGACAAGCCAGAGCAAAACUCACAUAAAGGCACCUCUCUUACCAACCUACUGCAACUUCCUAAACUCAAACAUUACAAGUGGUGGCUUCGUGUGUCUUCUUACAUCCUCUUUCUCCUUGCCGGCCAAUCUGCAGCUACUCUCUUGGGAAGAUUAUACUAUGACAAAGGUGGGAAUAGCAAAUGGAUGGCAACAUUUGUUCAAUCAGCAGGCUUCCCAAUUCUACUCCCCCUUCUCUUUUUCUUCUCAUCCCCCGUAAAUACUUCCUCUGCAAGACCACCACCUGUCUCCACCCUUGCCUUUCUCUACCUAUUUUUGGGCCUACUCUUGGCAAGUGACAACCUGAUGUAUUCAUACGGACUCCUAUACCUACCUGUCUCUACUUAUUCUCUGCUAUGUGCAACCCAAUUGGCCUUCAACGCGCUCUUCUCCUUCUUCCUCAAUUCCCAAAAGUUCACACCCUUUAUACUCAACUCUCUAGUCCUUGUUACCAUGUCGGCAGCCCUUCUUGCAGUCAAUGCCGACUCUGAAAACACAACAGCAGGAGUCCCUAAAGGGAAGUAUGUAAUUGGAUUUCUUUGCACGGUUGGUGCAUCUGCAACAUGCUCAUUAUACCUCUCCCUAGUGCAGCUGUCUUUCCAGAGGGUGAUAAAAACAGAGACCUUCUCUGCUGUCUUGGAUAUGCAGAUAUACCCAUCAUUUGUUGCAACAUGUGCAUGCGUGGUAGGACUUUUCGCAAGCGGUCAAUGGAAAGUUUUGGAGAAAGAGAUGAAGGAAUAUGAAAAAGGAAAGACGUCCUACUUGAUGACUUUGAUUUGGACGGCAGUGACAUGGCAGAUUUCUUCGGUGGGUAUGUUGGGGUUGGUUUUUGAGGUGUCUUCUCUCUUCUCCAAUGUCAUCGGUACAUUGGCUUUGCCUGUUGUUCCCAUUCUUGCGGUAGUAUUUUUCCACGACAAGUUAGAUGGGGUGAAGGUGAUGGCCUUGCUGUUAGCAAUCUGGGGCUUUCUUUCAUACAUCUAUCAACAUUAUCUCGAUGACUCUAAAUCCAAGGUAAACGAAACGAAUGCUGAUGAGGCUUCGAGCUCUGUUAUAGAGAUUUGUUGAAGGCUAGGAUAUUCAAAAAUUCCUUCUUUGCUGAUGAUCCUACAAAACACGUAUAUUUUUCGUUUUAAGUACUUCAGUGAUUUAAGUAUGCA